UUGGGUCCUCGCUUCCAAGAUGACGAAGAAAAGAAGGAACAACGGUCGUGCCAAGAAAGGCCGCGGCCAUGUGCAGCGCAUUCGUUGCACCAACUGCGCCCAAUGCGUGCCCAAGGACAAAGCCAUUAAGAAGUUUGUCAUUCGAAACAUAGUAGAGGCUGCAGCCGCCAGGGACAUUUCGGAAGUGAGUGUCUUCGACGCCUGUGUGCUCCCCAAGCUGUAUGUGAAACUACAUUACUGUGUGAGUUGUGCCAUUCACAGCAAGGUAGUCAGGAAUCGUUCUCGUGAAGCCCGGAAGGACCGAACACCUCCACCUCGAUUCAGACCUGCGGGUGCUGCCCCACAACCUCCACCAAAGCCCAUGUAAGGAGCUAAGUCUUUAAGGAGAGAAGAAAAGUUCUCUGG